AUGGUAACGAUUUGCUUUCGCAUUCGCCUUCACAUUCGUAUUCACAUUCUCACGCGCACACAUUCCCUUUCUCUAUUCUCUUUCUCUUUCACCCUCCAUUCCCGCCUUGCUUCAGCUGCUGCCUCAAACUCGGGGUGGGCCUGUUGCGGGGGCGCCGAACUUCAUCUCGGCACAGCUUCGUUUUCACAUUUCGCUUCUCUUCACGUUUCGCUCAUGUUCCUUUUUCGUGUCCCGUUCUCCGUCUACGCUCGCGUCUUCAUUGUGGUCCCUUUGCAAUUCUCACGAUCUUUUAUUCCAUCGUGCUUAGGUUGAUCCUCAGUAUGCAACGAAGUGCGUAGGCUGGUGUGGAGUACUGGCGACCGCAGGCAAAGUAACGCCCUCUCGAAUCGUGUUCCUUCAUUAUACUGCGCGGCCAAAUCUAUCAUGUGCUACCUUAAAAAUAACAAAGAUGAGUAUUAAUGUUUUUGAUUGUCACAUAAUUAAAAUCUGAGAGCAGAUGAUCGCCCAACAUUCUUUCACAAAGCAUCUCAUGUUCCAUAUCGUUCAUUUAUCUCCUACAUAUUCGACGUAACAAUUCCACUCCUAAAUUUUGAUUUGAAUGCAUGAAAGUUAAUUAUCGCAUCUCAACGAGAACACAACAAUGAACAAACUAAAGGACAGUCUAACAAUAAUAUCAUCAAACUAGUAAACUCACAGUAGCUGAAGACAUACAGGCACACCAAAACAUACGACGUAAAUACAUUCAGCAUUCCACGAAAGCGAAAGAGUUCGUUAUAUCUUCAUGUGUACUUAAUCUUAAAUAGAAAAGCGACGAAAUUAAAGACAUUCGUUAUACAAAAAAGGAGGCAAGAACGAAGUCAGGAGCACAGCCACACCUCGAUGGGUUUUUUGACUUGAUUAAUUGGUAUGAGGUCGUAACACUCGAACCGAUCAUGUCGUGAUGCUGAUGAGACUGGGUGUCCUAAUAUUAAAUUAUUGUUUUAAUUCACUUGAGGUGGUGUAGUGUAUGAAACUAUCGCAGAGAAGUCGGCGCAAAAACCACUUCCCUAUAGUUUGUGACCAUACCUAAUCCAUGAAGACAAGAAUCACAUAGGAGAUGCGUGUGCUUUUUGAUGUGCCAGACGCCUUGAGCAAAUAAUCAAUUUUUGAAUAGUAUCUCUCCUCUUUGAAUAGUAUGAAGGUGGGCUGUCUAGUCACACGAGGAGGUGGAUCAGUGUCGCACCGCGAUCGCUGGCGAUCCUUUUUGAGCUAGCUUUCUUGGCAUUUAAAGUAGUAGGCCAGAUUGAUGAGUAAGACGAGGCUCCUAUAAUAUUCAGAAGAAGUAGAACAAGUAGGCCUCUCCUUCCAUUUGUGGGCUAUCCUGGGAAGGAGGUGGCGAGCCGUCUUGAUCAUCAAUGACACGCAGAUGCGUGCGGGGAGGCCCUCUUCCUCAAUCUGUUCAUGGAGGACCCCCUAGUCGCAUAAAUCAUAUACGUAAGCCACAGGUCUAAUUGCUGACCUGGUGCUGAUCAUAGGUCACGCUAGCUUGGCAAGAUCAGCCGGCUAGGUGGGCGCAUGUGCGCGCGUUUCUCACGCCAAGUAAGACCAAUGCAAAACGCAUGAUCAUACAUUUCUUGACUUUCGUUCCUUGUUGCCAUGAUCGAUGUCUUGCGCAAAUAAUAACCUUGCUGUUUGUCAGCACAGACACUGGAAGGUGUCUGAGUGAUGCCGUGCAGUUGUGAU